AUAUUCGCGUUCUCGUAAUUAUAAUACGCUAUACAUCUGUGGUACUGACGAAUAUGGGACUGCCACAGAGACAAAAGCUCAAGAAGAAGGAAUCUCAUGUCAAGAACUUUGUGACAAAUAUCAUUCUCUUCAUGCAAAAAUUUACAAGUGGUUCGAUAUAGAAUUCGAUUAUUUUGGCCGAACUACAACUCAGCAGCAAACUGA